AUGACAGCCCUCAUGAAUGUUGAUAUCAAUGAUGAAGCGCUUACAGAAGAAUCUGGGUUACCAAAUAACUCUAGAGACAUUGCGCCAGAAGAGCAAAGUGUUGCUUAUGUCUCAUCUAAGUCUACAGGUGACCACACAUCGAGUACCACGCAGAAGAAACGUUCUAGAAAAGAUAGUAAUGAAUCAUUCGCAUCUACUUCCAGUAAAAAAAUAAAGAAGACUGUUGAUCGGGAUAUUAAAGAAUUGUCUACCGCUGAUCCUGGAAAUGAAGAAAUCUUGCUAACCAAACCCACCCCUAGACCGAACAGUGACUCAAAUAUUUUCCUCAACCUAUAUAAUAAAAUUAUCGAUGUUGCCAAAGAUGAAGCUCUUCGAAAAAGAACUGAAAGAGCUCGAAAAGUCUAUGGUCUUUUUAGUAGCAUUGAUGUGAAUGCAGACAAAGUGGUAAUUGAUUGUCUUCUGGUUUUGGAAGCAGGAGACGGGCAUUCCUUUUUGGUCUUCUGA